CACAAGCCCCACUCCCUCCCAGCACUGAUGACGUUCCCUAGUUGGGUCCCGAAACGUCUGUAAGAAAACCCCCCAACCUCAGAGCGCUCCAAGGACCCCACAUUUCCACCUUGAGCUACGCCUCUUCUCUUCCCUUGACUCCACAAGCCAGGGUUACAGAAGAGGGAGCCUUUUACCGCGCGAGAGAGUUAUUUUAAUCUCGUCGGUUAUCAAGGCUUGAUGUAAAAUAAGACCCGAAGGGACAGAUUAACUCCUUAAAUCUCCCUGGAUGGAUUCUUAUGUCUCCAAGCUCAUUUAGAAGAUGGGUCAGGCUCUAUUUAAAAGCGAAAUAGCCUUUACUAAGAAGCAGGGACCAGAAGAUUGUGAAAUGUUAUCAAACCGGAAUGGGCGUGAGCUGGAAAUCUUUACGGAUUCCUGUUUGGUGAUAUUUUUCGGGGUGCGCGUGUGUCUUGGCGGCUACCAAAUUUUCCUGAAGGCUGUUAGAUUGAAAAGAAUUCGCUUUAGCAUACAGUGUUUCCCCGAAAAUAAGACCCUGUCUUAAUAUUUUUUUGAAUUCUGAAAUAAGUGCUUGGUCUCAUUUUCGGGGAGGUCUUAUUAUUUUGGGGCGCGUGGAGCAAGACGGGGCUCCUCUUGCCGUCUUUUCUGAUUUCCAGCUGUUUCUCCCUAACCCUAACCAGAGGAAAUGGCGGGGACCGAUUGGGCUUAUUAUCAGGGGAGGUCUUACUUUCGGGGAAACAGGGUAGUUAGAAGCCUGUUCGGUGGUCUCUGAAUUGAAGCCGUCUUCACCCACCCUGGAAUUGGCAUACACUUCUCCACGGAGAAGCCAGAUUCACUUAACAACCAUGUGACUCACUUACUAACCGCAGUGACUGGACAGCCACUUGUCUGGAAUGGUAUACGGUUUCCUGACUGAGCAGUAUCCUUUCCCCUGGAGUGGGGUGGGAAUGGAGAUUUUACAGUAUCCUUUUCCCUGGAGUGGGGUGGGAAUGGAGAUUUUACAGUAUCCUUCCCCUGCCAUGUCCACCAAGCCACGCCCGCCAAGCCACGCGACGCCCACCAAGCCACACUCGCAGAACCGGUAGUAAAAAAAUUUGAAACUCACUACUGGAACAUUCGAAGCAGGAGUGGAAACCUGGAGUGGACGAGAGUCGAUCUUUGGAGGUCCAACAUUUUGGGGGGUUAUGCCUAUUAUGGAGCUAAUGCUGCAGAUUCGAUAUCUUCUUGUCUACCAAUAAUCUAAAUACGGUGUCAUCAUUGAGAUGGUGGGUCUCAAUGCAAUUUUAUAGGGAUAUUUGACAUAUUUUCACUCUAUCCAUCUUCCUGUGAGUAAAACCCUUUUUUCCAAUAUUGUUGUGGCCCGUCAGUGGCCUGUGCAGCUAGUAGCUGAUUCCGACAGCGAGGAGGCUGGUGUGGUGCUGCGCCAGCAGCCUGUGCAGCUGGCACUCGAGUCGGACAGUGAGGAGGCUGGAGAAGAUGUGGUGCCAGAGGCGGGGAUUCAGCCAGGGCCUCCAGAAGCUCCCAUAAGUGAAGAGGAAGAAGAGGAGGAGUCUCUUCUCAAUGCACGAGCGCGUAGAGCUGUUAAAAGGCAGGAGUGGCUCCUCAGGAGGAGGUCUCCUCAAGAGUAAGGCUUGGGGCUAAUUGGCCACUCCCUUAGCCUAUUUAAGGAAGGACGAUGACUGAGGCAAUUUGCAGGGAACAACUUCGUUCACUCUCCUUCGUGUCGUCUGGAUCGUAAUUCUCUGCAAAUUGCUUCUGGGCUUUCUGCCAACCAUAGUAAGAUUACGAUUAUUUAUUCUUUGGAUUCUUGUAGGCUUUAAGAAAGUUAAUUAACAGCCUUUGUUUGAAAAAGAAUAAUUUAGUAAACUAAGGUUCGUACCGACUUUGUGUGUGCUGCGUUCUUUGGGGUCCGUAGCUGGGGCAGAACAAAUAUCAUCAAAUUAGUUGCAAGUGUAGGAAAAGCCAGGAGGAAUUCUGAAUUCUUCUCCAGCCUGCUCUCAUGCUCCUCUUCUCUUUCUUUUCCUCCUUCCUUCUUCCCUUCCCUUCCUCUCUCCCUCGUUUGACGGUGAAGAGCCACCCUUGAUCAAGUUGAUGGCAGGAGAUGGGCCCAAAGAUUUCUGGACUUGGUCCCUGAGGAACUGAAGUUCGGUGCCUUCUCCAAUUUCCCUUCCUUGCCACUCCGCCAGAUCGCUUCCUAAAUCCACGACGACAACAUGACCCGAAGUUGGAUGGGUUUCCUGCUUUGGCUCUCCAACCAUCCGAGGUGGACCUACUGUAGAGGGCCUCCUUGGUGGCCCCUUCUCUUCUGGCCUCUGGUUCUUCGCCUUCCUCUCACCAUCCACGCAACUACCUUCAAAGUUGGGGUGAUAGGUCCCUGGAAGUGUGACUCCAUCUACGCCCAAGCCUACCCCGACGCAGCGGCCAAGUUGGCUGUUAGUCGGAUCAACAAGGACCCAACCUUAAACAAGGGAUACUGGUUUGAUUACGUCCUCGUCAACGAAGACUGCCAGACUUCCAAGGCCCUCGUGGCCUUAGUCAACGCGGAAUAUUACGCCUCUGGUUUCGUAGGCCCGGUUAACCCGACGGCCUGUCAGGCAGCUGGGAUGCUGGGUAAAACUUGGAACAAGCCCAUCGUCUCCUGGGCUUGCUUGACGGAUGACGCUGAGGUUGGCCGUUUUGGGACUUUUGUGCGGCCGUUACCUCAGGCCUCCGUUGUGCUCUACACUGUCCUUAAGCACUUCCAGUGGGCUCACGUGGCUGUGAUCACCUCUAAAGAAGACCUCUGGGUCCAAGUGGGGCAAGGCCUAGCCGACUCGUUGAGGAACUUCGGCCUGCCCGUUACCGUAAUGGCCACCAUGGAUGAUGACCCGAGUGAGGUGGAGGAAGCCCUUCAAAAGAUCAAGAAGGCCAACAAUAUACGAGCGGUCAUCAUGUGCAUGCACUCCGUCCUUCUGGGCGGAGAGGAGCAGCGCCUCCUCCUGGAGAAGGCCGAAGAGAUGGCCAUGACUCAAGGGAGCUACAUUUUCAUCCCCUACGAUGCCCUGACCUACAGCCUGCCCUACCAGAAGGAGGUCUACACAGUGCUGGAGGACAACCUUAAGUUACGCCGGGCGUACGAUGCCGUGCUCACCGUCACCAUCGACUCUCCGGAAUAUUCUUUCCGGCAGGUCUUUGAAGAGGCUCAGAAGAUGAAAGAGAUUCCCGGACAACUCAGCGCGGAGAAGGCCCAUCCUUUGUUCGGCACCAUUUUCAACUCCAUCUACUUCCUAGCCAAGGCUGUGGAGAACGCUCGUCUGUCCGGCAAGAGGGUGGUAGGAACGACCAUUGCUGAGCACGCCAGGGACUUUGAGCUGGAAGGCUUUAGCCAACCGGUGUCAGCGGAUGAAAAGGGAGGCGCCGAGGUCCCGUACAUCGUCUUGGACACGGAUGGAAGAGGCAGCCGUCUUCACCCGGCUUACGUAGUAGACCUGGAUUCUGGGAUCCUGCGUUUCAUAGGGCAGGCUGUCCAUUGGCCUUACAAUACCAAGGCGCCUUCGAACCCCGGUUGUUGGUUCAACCGUGGCACCCUUUGUACCGGGGGUGUGGGUGGUGGCUUCAUUUUCUUCCUCUUCCUCCUUGUUAUUUUCUUGUUCCUGGGUGGAUCUCUCCUGGCUUACUAUCUUCGAUGCCAGUUUCUGCAUGCUCAGCUGUCUAUAGGACCCAACAAGAUUGUCCUGACCGGGAGCGACCUGACUUUCAUCAACCUCCCGAGCAGCAGAAAGAAGUCGGAUGACGGCUCUGAGAAGAAAAGCUUGAAAAAUGAGGCGGAGGUGGAACAGAAUGUAGCCGUGGUUGAGGGUGACUGGGUGUGGCUGAAAAGAUUCCCCGGAACAAAGAACAUCGAGGUCAAAUCAAGCGCCGAAAAAGUUUUUUGCCAGCUGCGGGACCUGAGACACGAAAACGUCAACCCUUUCGUAGGCUUCUUCCAUGACAGCGGGGUCCUGGCUAUUGUCUCCGAGCACUGCAUGCGAGGGAGUCUCGAGGACCUUCUCCGUAACGAGGACAUGAAGCUGGACUGGAUGUUCAAGUCGUCCUUGCUGCUGGACCUUAUCAAGGGAAUGAAGUAUCUGCACCAUCAGAAAUUCCCGCACGGUCGGCUGAAGUCUCGGAAUUGCGUGGUGGACGGCCGUUUUGUCCUGAAAGUCACGGAUCACGGAUACAACGAAUUGUUGGAAGCUCAGGAGGUGGACCGAGAACCGAUGAAGCCUGAGGACCGUUUCUGGACCGCGCCAGAAAUGUUGAGGAAUCCGGCGCUGGAACGGAAAGGCAGCCUCUGGGGCGACAUCUACAGUAUUUCCAUCAUCAUUCAAGAAGUCAUCUGCCGCGACGCGCCUUAUUGUAUGCUGGAUAUGAGCGCCGAAGAGAUCAUCAAAAAGGUGGAGAAACCCCCUCCUCUUUGCCGCCCGUCUGUCUCCAUAGACCAAGCGCCGAUGGAGUGUAUCCAGCUAAUGAAGGAAUGCUGGAGCGAACAACCGGACAGGAGACCCAAUAUCAAUCAAGUCUUUGAUCAGUUUAAAAGCAUCAACAAAGGAAGGAAAACCAACAUUAUCGACUCCAUGUUACGUAUGUUGGAACAAUAUUCCAGCAAUUUGGAAGACCUGAUCCGGGAAAGGACCGAAGAGCUGGAAGUCGAGAAGCAGAAGACCGACAGAUUGUUAACGCAGAUGCUGCCCCCUUCUGUGGCCGAGGCCCUGAAGACGGGGGCGCCAGUGGAACCCGAAUAUUUCGAAGAGGUGACCUUAUAUUUCAGCGACAUCGUGGGCUUCACCACCAUCUCAGCCAUGAGCGACCCCAUUGAGGUGGUUGACCUGCUCAACGAUCUGUACACCCUCUUCGACGCCAUCAUCGGCUCCCAUGACGUGUAUAAGGUGGAGACCAUUGGCGACGCCUACAUGGUAGCCUCUGGGCUGCCGAAACGGAACGGGAAACGACACGCGGGUGAGAUCGCCAACAUGUCCCUCGAUAUCCUCAGUGCGGUUGGCUCUUUUAAGAUGCGUCAUAUGCCAGAAGUACCCGUCCGGAUACGCAUCGGCCUGCACUCCGGGCCCUGCGUGGCUGGCGUGGUGGGACUGACGAUGCCACGCUACUGUCUCUUCGGGGACACGGUCAACACUGCCUCGCGGAUGGAGUCCACUGGCCUUCCUUAUCGCAUCCACGUCAACCUGCGGACCGUGGAGAUCCUGCACGCCCUCAAAGAAGGUUACAAGCUCGACUUACGAGGGAAAACCGAGCUGAAGGGAAAAGGCACGGAAGACACUUACUGGCUCAUCGGUCGCGACGGCUUUACCAAACCUAUUCCUACUCCCCCAGACCUGAAGCCAGGGGCGAGCAGCCACGGGAUCAGCAUGGAUGAAAUUCCUGCCGAUCGGAAGGAGAAGUUACAGAAAGCUCGUCAGGGACAGAAAAUAUAACCCUGGGAAGGAGACCGUUGCAUGAAGGCGGUUGGGAUGGAGGUCAACCAACUCCCAGGAGUUUUCUGCUGAAGGCCUUUGGGCAAAUCUGCCAGAAGAGGACGAAUCCACACCCGGGCAGGGAGCCAUCCCAUAAUAAUCCAAAGGGAUGCAUCCCUUCCCAUCCGUAUCUUCUGCUACUUUCAAACUUCUAGUGCGUGACGGGACUUCAGCUGGUCUCGGAUUUCUUACUUACCACGGUGACGAACGGUGAGAUGCGUGCUGGGAUUUUCGGCCAACUUGAUCCUCCUCAUCUGAAACUCUUGAGAUCAGAGCCGAGGAGAUGGUGGGACUUUGGCCAAGCCAGGAACGGUGGUUGUUCUUGACUUCCCAUUGGAGACUUUGUCUGGCUUUUGAUAAAGAUGGACAUCUGGAUUCCAUAAUAUCGUUAAUUAUUUCUUUAGCAAAGAGACCAAGCGGAGCGAAAGGCCUAAAAAAAGAAAAAGGAAGACAAUGAUUUCAGAGAAAUCGUGGAGAGAUAAUCCAGCUGGAACUGGUCUCGGAGGGCUUUGUGGACACAACACAACAAAGGAGAGUUUGUUGAUAGUCUUCUGAUUUUCUAGAAGAAACCGAAUCCGUGGAGAAGGGAAGCUGGGAUGGAGCUUGGAGACUGUACAGCGUGAAUGAGACAAUAUUCCUGGACACCAGUGAAGGAUGGACUCCAGCUCCGAAGGCCAACCGUUAGAUAUCGGCGUUGCCUCGAAGGAAUAUUUGUGACAAUUUAUAUAUAUAUAAAUUGUCUUUCUUCUUAAAGAAUUCAUGUCCUUUUCCGAGCCAGGAGUCUGAAUUUAAUUUCAUUACUUUAUCUCCACCUCAAAAGUAGAGAGGACAAUUUAAAGUAGAGAAGUAGGAAGGAGGCACGAUCAACUGUUCUAUGAUCCAAGAAUGUUGAUUUUAGUUAUUUCUGAGGAGAAAUUGUGUUAAAUCUUGCGUAUUUUUUAAAACCUACUUGAGGACGAGAAGCAAGGAUGGAUUUGGGGAUCCGAAUUUGGGAAAUUUGGGGAAACGAGUUGCCUCAAAAGUUUCUUCUGGAAAAUAAUUAAUGUUUAAAUAUAGCAUCUUGAGGUAACUGGUCAUUAUUAGCAGCGUUUCUUAAUUUUGCUCACUUUAAGCCGCGUGGACUUCAACUCCCAGAAUCCCCCUACCAGGGAGGAUUCUGGGAGUUGAAGUCCACAAAGCUUAAAGUUACAAAGGCUCAACGCAUUUUUCAAGACUGCAAUGCAGUUCUCACAGUGAUUUUCGAACUCGGCACCUUUACGAUGUCUGGAUUUCAAACUCCCAGAAUCCCCCCACUGGCUGUGAGAGUUUAGGGAAGACCACUCCGUAACCACAGCGGAGUCAAAACAAAAUUUUAUCUUUAGCUACGCCGCUACAAAACUACCUGAAAUUGAAUGAUUCGGAGUCUCCAGAUUGGGUCCAUCGUUUCAAAGUUAACAGCUAAAAUAAUUCCAGGUCCGAAUUUUAAAAGUUUGCUCUGUUGUAAUGGGUUUCCUAUAGGGCCAUCUAAAUAUAAGAUACAGAUACUGUUGUGGUCCGUACGUGGCCUGUGCAGCUAGUAGCUGAUUCAGACAGCGAGGAGGCUGGUGUGGUGCUGCGCCAGCAGCCUGUGCAGCUGGCGCUCGAGUCGGACAGUGAGGAGCCUGGAGAAGAUGUGGUGCCAGAGGCAGGGAUUCAGCCAGGGCCUUCAGAACCUCCAGAAGCUUCCAUAAGUGAAGAGGACGAAGAGGAGGAGCCUCUUCUCGAUGCACGGGCGCACAGAGCCGCCAAAAAGGCAGGAGUGGCUCCUCAGGAGGAGGUCUCCUUGAGAGUAAGGCUUGGGGCUAAUUGGCCACUCCCUUAGCCUAUUUAAGGAGGAACGUCGACUGAAGCAAUUUGCAGGGAACAACUUCACAUACCUUCGUGUCUUGUCUUGCUUAUCUUAAUCAGCUUCCUGCAAAUUGCUUCUGGGCAUUCUGCCAACCACAGUAAGCUUUCAGUUAUUAUUCCUUGAAUUCUUGGCGGCUGUUAAUGCAGUUAAUUAACAGCCGUUGUUGUAAAAAAACUGGUUUAUUUAGUAAACUAAGGUUUGAACGGA